AAGGGUGGGGACAUGGCUAAUGCUCAACUCCAGUGUCCCUCUGAACCACAGUCACUGUGGUGGCCUUUCCUAGGGAAGCAGGAACUCAGGACCAACCAGCCUCGGACUUGUUGACGUCAGAGGACUGUGUCUGUACCAAAGGCCUCACUGCCCAGAAACAACCGAGCUCCACUCCCACCCUUCCUGCUCACGGCCUCCGUUACAACUUUCCUUUCGUUCUGAGGCAUCUAUGGAUCACCAGCCGCUUAUCAGGCUCUACACUAGCCUGAGAAGAGAGCUUUCUCCAGCAGAGCAGCUUAUACUCUUUCACAUGUGCACACACACAUACUCCUUGUGUCACAGGUGCACACACUUCAUGUGCACACAUGCACUUCUGCACACACACACUCAUGCCACAUCCUCGUGUCACGCAAUGCACAGAAUCCUGUGCAUGCACAUUCCUUGUGUGCACACGUACUCAUGUCACACACAUGCCUCGUGUGCACACACCCUCCUCGUGUCACACACAUGUGCUUCUCAUUUUGCACAUGCACUUGCAGACACACACACGUCUGUGUACGUUUCCAGUUAAGAGAAAUAGGUUUUGGAUAGCCUCAUUUCACGGGCAGUGUUCUGAACAGCUUCAUGUUGACAGUGGUGUAAGAAAACCCUCAUGUAGUAGGAAUUGUGAUGCUCCCUGGCGGGGCCCUGCGCUGAGGGCUUGGGGGGGCUCAGAGCCGCCCGCAGAUCCGUUUGCCCCCCUGCUCUCCCUGCUCCGCCACUGGCUUUGGGUCCUGGCCCCACACAUCGGCUUACCAGGCUCUGCCACGGGGAACUCAGGGUACCUGCCUGCGUGUGUCCACACGGGAGGCCCACGAGCAUCCCUGCAUGUCCGCGUGUGUCUCCGUAUGUGGACCUGCUUCCUGCAGUGCAGACUGAGAUGGCCCCAGCUCCAGGCCAAGCUUUACCAGAGCCUCCAAAACUUCUGUGUGGGCUGCGCACUGCUUCCUGGCGCUGGCCUCAGGCCGCCCUGGGAAACAGGCCUCAGUGCUGGGGAGGGGACUCCGUGCAUCCCCGGGACCCCUUCUGGGCUCUCAUCUACCCACACCCCACCUUCUCUACUGCUCCCGUCCCCGCCACCCCCCACUCUGCCCUUGGACCCCCUCCCCGUGUCCCUCUACCUCACUGCACCCUUCAUAUCCCAGCUGCUUGUCUCCAGGCCCCCCCUGGGGAGGCAGCACAAGCCUGUGUGCCAGGGGCACAGACAGAGCCCUGUCUCCCCAGGUGCGUGCCCAUGAUCAGGGAGAGAGAAUGGGUACAGCGAGUUAGGUUUACCCCAGGCACUGUGCUGUGGAAGGGUGUGGAUCGGCCGCCAAGGGGUUCCAGAUCAGGGUCCCCCACGUCUCCCUCUUUCCGUGCCUCUUCCCGACCUGCGGACCGGGUGGUCACUGCCAGCAGCCCAGGCGACCAGCAAGCCUGGCCUUCUCCAAGCAAGACCCAGACACCUGCAAGUGUUUCCUUCAAGAGGACUCAGCACCACCAUUCUCACCCCAACCCCUUGUGCCACCCUGGCCUGCACAGCUGCUUCCAUUCCCAGGCUCGGAGGGGGCCCUGCUGGAGGGGCUGCACCCUUGGCCCACGGGGUGUCCCUUCCUACAUCCCUUCAGGUCCCCUCCACCCCAGACGGGCCAUGUCUGCCCUCCCCGAGGCCAGGCCACUGCCCAAGGAACUCCGAUGUGUAACCACAGCCUCAGUUUACAGAUGCUUGGUCUCAUGUCUAACAUCUGGACAGUGCUCUGACUUCCUCGAGGGCAAAGAUGGAGUCUAAUUCAUCUCCAACUCCUCACCGGGGCCUUGCAAAAUGUAUAUAUUGGUUUCUUUGUCGAGUGAAUGAAUAAAAAAUGAAAACUGUGGUAA